AUGGCUAUCAUUGUCCAGUUCCCUAGUCUAAAUUUCUUCUCAUUCGGCCAUCCUAGCAUUGAGGGUACUAUUGAGCGGUACCUAUCGCAAGGCCUUCCUCAACCUGCUGAAACCAUGUUGUGCAUUGAGCCUUCGCGCAACAUCAACAAUGGUGAGCUUAGCACACAACUAUCUCAGGUCAACAACAAGUUUGGCACCGAGAGGAACAACAACGAUGAGCUAAACCGGCUCCAAAAGGUUGCAAUGACUCAAAUCUCGGGUACAGAUCUGAUUGAAGACAUGGACAUGCCACAACUUGAACAUUUUAAGGAGACCUUAGAAGAACUCCAGAGGAAGGUCAGAUUCUAUUAUAAUGGAAUCGUAGAUGAGGGUGUUGUUAUUGGAGCAUGA